AUGCAACAGUACUUUACCGCCAGCAUCAGUAGCAAUUGGCAAUUCCGUAAAAUGACAAAAUUUAUACGCAUUGGCAUUGCCGAUAAAAACGACAAUCCGCCCUACUUCGAUAAGUCGCUUUAUGAAGCAGAAGUGGACGAAAACGAGGAUAUCCAACAUACUGUGCUGACCGUCACAGCCAAGGAUCACGACGAAUCAUCGCGUAUACGUUACGAAAUUACAAGUGGUAACAUUGGUGGCGCUUUUGCGGUUAAGAAUAUGACUGGUGCCAUUUAUGUUGCGGGUGCCCUUGAUUACGAAACGCGGCGUAGGUAUGAACUACGUUUAGCCGCUUCUGAUAAUUUGAAAGAAAACUAUACUACCGUCAUUAUUCAUGUCAAAGAUGUCAACGACAAUCCCCCGGUUUUUGAACGUCCCACCUAUCGCACGCAAAUCACCGAAGAGGAUGAUCGCAAUUUGCCGAAACGUGUGCUUCAGGUUAUUGUCCACCUUCCCGAAAUAUACCUACGUACAUAUAAGUUUCCUGGCACACGUACACAUAAGUAAAUUUGUGGUAGCGAUUAUUAGAUGCCUUAUUGAAAAAAGUUUGCUCUCCUAAAAAUUUAAUUUUAGUUAAAGCUUGUAUGCUUCAUUUAGUAAGCACUGUUUCCGUUUUUGCUGUUAAUUUUGU